AAAAUGCUUUUCACACAGGUUGUCCAUGUCCAAGGCUUUGGAAAGAUCACAGGGAAAAACCAAGUGACAGCAACGAAAGCAGAUGGAAGCACACAGGUCAUCAACACUAAGAAUAUUCUAAUAGCCACUGGGUCUGAGGUUGCUCCUUUCCCAGGAAUUGAGAUAGAUGAAGAUACAGUAGUUUCAUCCACUGGUGCAUUAUCUCUGAAGAAAGUGCCUGAAAAGAUGGUGGUUAUUGGUGCUGGUGUAAUUGGUGUUGAAUUGGGAUCUGUGUGGCAGCGGUUGGGAGCAGAUGUUACAGCAGUUGAAUUCUUGGGCCAUGUAGGUGGGAUGGGCAUUGACAUGGAAAUAUCAAAAAAUUUCCAACGCAUCCUUCAAAAGCAAGGUCUCAAAUUCAAACUGAACACAAAGGUCACUGGUGCAGCCAAGAGGCCAGAUGGCAAGAUUGAUGUUGCUAUUGAAGCAGCAGCUGGUGGCAAGGAAGAGGUAAUCGCAUGUGAUGUUCUGCUUGUAUGUAUUGGCCGUCGUCCCUUUAGCCAAAACCUGGGACUGCAAGAAAUGGGAAUUGAGCUGGACAACAGGGGCAGAGUACCAAUCAACAGCAGAUUUCAGACAAAGAUCCCAAAUAUUUUUGCUAUUGGUGAUGUGGUGGCAGGACCGAUGUUGGCACACAAAGCAGAAGAUGAAGGUAUAAUUUGUGUGGAGGGCAUGGCUGGUGGAGCUGUCCACAUUGACUACAACUGCGUACCGUCUGUCAUCUACACCCACCCUGAAGUGGCCUGGGUGGGCAAGACAGAAGAACAACUAAAAGAAGAGGGUGUGGAAUACAAAGUUGGAAAGUUCCCAUUUGCUGCCAACAGCCGAGCUAAGACCAAUGCAGACACAGAUGGCUUGGUGAAAAUUCUGAGUCACAAGUCUACUGACAGAAUGCUUGGAGCUCAUAUCCUGGGAUCAGGUGCUGGGGAGAUGAUUAAUGAAGCUACUCUUGCCAUGGAAUAUGGAGCAUCAUGUGAGGAUAUAGCCAGAGUAUGUCAUGCCCACCCUACUGUAUCAGAAGCCUUCAGGGAAGCGAACUUGGCUGCAUCAUUUGGAAAAGCCAUUAAUUUUUAAGUGGAAA